GACUAGUGAGUAACGUAGUUUUCACAAGCCAUGCUACGGAGCAGAAGCAUCCACUCCUUAGGCAGCUGCAGAGCCUUAUCCGAGCGGCAAAUCCUGCUGUUUCAUUCAUCUUGGCAGAAAAUGGAGUUGUGACUAGGAAUGAGGAUAUUGAAUUAAUUCUCUCAGAAAGCAGUUUUUCAAAUCCUCAGAUGAUGAGAGCUCGAUAUUUAAUGUAUCCUGGCUGGUAUGAAGGUAAAUAUGGAGCUGGGUCUGUCUUCCCUCCAAUGGUUCAGAUCUGUGUAUGGUUUAAUCGUCCUCUAGAAAAAACGCGAUUUGUGACCAAAUGUAAAGCGAUUAAGUCAUUGCUCAAGCCAAGUCCUUUUUCUGGAAACAUUUAUCACAUCAUGGGCAAAGUUAAGUUUUCAGAUUCUGAUAAAAUGAUUGAAGUCUGUCACAACACAUCAUCUAAUUCACUAAGCCUUGUGCCUGUUCAGGAGGGGCCAACUCCUCCUGAUUCAAGAAGCGAUAGCAGAGAUUGCAGCAGUCAACAGGAGUGCUUCCUUGUGUUCGUUGGCUGCUCCCUUAAGGAAGAGGAUAUAAAAGACUGGCUCAGAGAAACGGCAAAACAGAAACCUCAGAGGAAAGCCCUGAAAACCAGAGGAAUGCUAACCCUUCAGGAAAUAAAAAACAUUCACGUGAAACGCCACUUGGAUCCACUUCCAGCUGGUUAUUUUUACAACGGGACUCAAUUUGUGAAUUUUUUUGGUGACAAAAUGGAUUACCAUCCAUUAAUGGACCAAUUCAUGAACGAUUACUUGGAAGAAGCCAACAGGGAAAUAGAGAAGUACAACAGAGAACUAGAAGAACAAGAGUAUCAUGAUCUCUUUGAGCAGAAGACAUAAGCACAUGCGUUCUGUGCAUUUCUGAACCCCACCUACUGUCAGUAACCAAAAAUGCUGUUGUCCUUGCUGGUUUACUAGAAAAUUAAGUGAAAUGUCAGUUUUCAGCACUUUUUUAAAACUAAGAGAUCAUUCCUGUAAGGUUGGCAUUUUAAUAAGGUAACUGCUUAGCUGUUUGUACUGUCAGGUUUGCUUCCACUUCACCUUAAUUCCAGACUGUAAAAAGCAUCACCUGGAAUCUCUGACUAGUAGUGGAAA